GGUGCUCCGAUCAUCGCCAGUAAACUCGUUGAAGCCGUAGUCGGAGGUUUCGUCGACGAGUGAAAACGAGACGCGUUGUGGAACGCGUAGCUUGUAACUAACGGUUUUACGUAUACAACCGCCAGCUGUGCCCGUGUCGUGUGAAACGGAUCUAGUCGAAAAUCGCGAUAUCUUGUGCUAAUGGGCGGUAUAUAUAUUGUAACUAUGCGCGUAUGCGAGGUCAACAAACGAGCGGUAUAGAAUCGCGAUCACAUAUUGUUAUGUGUGUAUAGCGUUUGACGCGCGAAACAGCGCGGUUUGAAUUGCGGGAAUUUGUGUCUGUAACUACAGCGGACAGUUUCACUGUACUCUACGAAGUACCGUAACCCUGAUACGAGACGUACAUUUUUAUGCAUGUAUGUAUAUAUUUAUAAAUUGAGACCCAUCGACAGUCGCUGAGCAUAUAAUUAAUAAUACAGCGGUGCGUUUUAACGUGACGACGAGUUACGGACUGUUGUUAACAACGCGCGAAUGUCUCUAUUGACGAAGCUCUCGUCGCUCGUUUCUAUCGGGGAUUGACGAGUGAAUACAUUAGUGAAUUCUUGCUAAAAAAGAAAGUUUUAAAAGCCACGAGGCCACGGAUGUGGAGCGUGGAAUUCCAACGUUCGUUGUGUAUUCUUAUCAGCCGAUCGCUGGGCAACACAGUUUCAAGAGGAGGAAAUAGACGAAAUCAGCGCGAAUUUUACGAUAUAUUGUCGGGUCUUGAUUGACCGAUGAUACCGAGCACCUCCGAUUCUCAGCAACGGGAUCGGUCAUCAACUGUGCAACUGUACCUACUUUACACAAUAGAUUCCUCCUACCGUCCGGUCCCGAAGAAAGUGCGCCGUUCGGUCGUAAGUAUUAGCGACUCUCGAAUAGCGAGCGGAAACUCGAGGCAUUCCAACGACGGUUAAACGAAGAGUUUCAUAUCGGAUUUGCCGACGGCUAACCAAGCGAAGCGAUCGGAUCAAUCCGGAUCCUCGGCGACGAGAGGAGUUUCACUUUUGAUCCGGUGAACGUACAGAGCGAAGAUCUUAUCCUCUUUCCCCGCCGCCUCUCACAGACACGGACAGCCUGAAGAGAGCGUAAAACGAAACGGGGAAUCUCUCUACAGCGGUAUUAAAAACGACAAUGACGAUGAUCUUCUCCGUCGGAUACGGCGGCAAAGCGAUGCUGUUGCGUGCGAGGUGAUAGUCGAUUAUGGAGAGGAUGAGAGAGAGGCCGCGAACCCGAAGUGUCAGCGAGCUACUCGACCGGAGUGCUAAGCUUAUCGAAGACGAGGAUCCUGACGGAAGUGACUUCAGACGCCGGAAGCGAUCCGGUACAUGGCCGAGAACUAGAAGCCUGAAUGCUCCGAGUCCGAUCCAACAGUUUGGGCCAUGCGGUCGAAUAAUGAAGAACUCUGCUAUGGUCAUGACCAUCCAGGACCCCGCGUCUCAGAGGCUGACGUGGUACAAGCCACCGUUAACGGUGCUCGUCAUCAAGAAGGUCCGCGACUCGUCAGUUUUGCCACCUUUCGUUCAACUGGUUACAUGGCUGAUCGAGGAGAAACGGAUGGUGGUUUUCGUCGAAGCAUCCGUCCUGGAGGAUCCCGCCUUAGCGCGGGACCCCAGGUUCCAAGGUGUUCGAGACAGACUUCAAACUUUCCGAGACGGCACAGACGAUCUUCAGGACCGUAUCGACUUCAUCGUCUGCCUUGGUGGUGAUGGGACCCUCCUCUACGCCAGCCUCCUAUUUCAACAGUCCGUACCGCCUGUGAUGGCCUUUCACUUGGGUUCCUUGGGUUUUCUUACACCCUUCGAGUUCGACAACUUUCAGGAGCAAGUCACCAACGUCCUAGAAGGUCAUGCGGCGCUGACUCUGAGGAGCCGUCUUCGUUGCAUAAUCAUACGCAAGGGCGAGGAGGGACAACCGGCAAAACCACCGACGAACCUUCUGGUACUGAACGAGGUGGUAGUCGACCGAGGUCCCUCGCCUUACCUCUCGAAUAUCGACUUGUUCAUCGACGGCAAACACGUUACCAGCGUCCAAGGAGAUGGUCUGAUCGUUAGCACGCCCACGGGGUCAACGGCGUACGCUGUUGCUGCCGGGGCCAGCAUGAUUCACCCCUCGGUACCGGCUAUCAUGGUCACCCCUAUUUGUCCGCACUCUCUGUCCUUCAGGCCAAUCGUUGUUCCGGCUGGAGUCGAACUCAAGAUAUCCGUGUCACCGGACAGCAGAAAUACGUCUUGGGUAUCGUUUGAUGGAAGAAAUCGUCAGGAGCUUUUCCACGGAGACAGCUUGAGAGUAACAACUUCAAUUUAUCCGGUACCCAGCAUCUGUGCAGCUGAUCAAAUCACCGACUGGUUUGAUUCUCUGGCGGAAUGCUUACAUUGGAAUGUCAGGAAACGACAGAAACACUUGGAUGAACUCAGCGAUCUGACGCAUUCCUCCAGCAACGACACUUUGGAUUCGCUUGAUCGCGACAGCUAGGCGUCAUGCAUUUUUCUUCUCAAUUGUCUGAUAUAGCACGAUCGUACACAACGCUGGUCUGAUGAAUGAAUGCGGCGAAGUAUAUCUGGUUUAUUCGAAUCUCUUGCCAAAUGAGGUUCGACUGCUCACGGAUGGUAAAGCGGACCAACUUAUCGCCAGAUUCGAUUGAAUAUACAAUAUGAUACUGAUUAAGUUUAGGAUAUACAAAACAGAGAAACAAAAUGAAAAUAAUGAUGUAACGCUUGUUUAAUCGAUUUUGAUCUGUCAGAACAUGGUCAAACAAAUAUCGUGAUUAGAGGGAGAUACUAAGUAAGUUAACUAUCGCGAAAGCUCAGCAUUAAAGCGAACCAAGACAAUAUAUGGACUUUAUAAAUGCCACUUACUAUUACUGUAUAACAAAUUCGAUUGCAAUGCGCAUGAAGUGUUGCUUAAAACUGUUCACUAUUUUUAAGAACCCUAACUUAUAUCGCAUGCAUAGAAUAACAUGUAAGUGUAGAUCGGUAGAGGAUAUUUUUUUAUUUAUUUAAGCAUUAAAACAUUGAAUUAGUUAAUGAGGAAUGAAAAAUUACAAAACCAGCAGCGACUGGGUCACAGCCAAAUCAUCCCUGACACUUUUCACAGUUUGCAUGUCCCCAAUAUUUGACGUUGUUGUCAUGAACCGUAUGUUUUAUUACUAGGAAAUUUUGUUGGGCACAUGCAAUGGUUUUACGUAUACAUGUACAUGAAUAUAUACCAAUUUACUGUAGAAUUUGAUCAUUACUGAGAUAAAACGGUGCAUCUAGACCAAUUUGUUGUAAAUUUUGAACGAAUCUUACCAUUAAUCAUUGUUUUCAAUAAAAAUUACUUUUGUACAAAUA